CUCACGCCACAGGCGGUUUUAACUAAGGGCGGGUUGAAAUGACGAAGCCACGCCCCUCACUCUUCCGUGGGCGGAGUUUAACAAAGUGACGUCGUGGGCUUCCCCAAAGGAGAAGAAGAAGCAGGGCUGUGAGGGGGCGGGCCUAAGCCUUGGUUGCCAGGAAACGCCCUCCUGAUUGACUGACUGGGGCCUUGUGCAAGAAGGGAGGGGGAGGAAGAGGAGGGAACCGGUUUUCGGGGCUCAUUUGCCACCAUUGGGAGCAAGGAGGAGAAGGAGCCAUGCACAGACAGAAAGGAAACAUGGAGGAAUUGGGGGACACGGCCGUCACGCAACAGGUGUGCCGAGCGGAGGAGAUGGCCGACGGGGAGUUGCGCGAGGUGGAGGUGGCGGGCUGGCCGGUGGUCCUGGCGAAGGAGGGGGUGCGCUUCUGGGCGGUGGGGGGCCGCUGUCCGCACGCAGGGGGUCCCCUCUCCAAAGGUUACCUGUCGGGAGACCGACUGCGCUGCCCUUGGCACGGCGCCUGCUUUAGCGUCCAGACGGGGGACAUUGAGGAGUUCCCCACCCUGGACUGCCUCCCGACCUUCAAGGUGGAUGUGGACGAGGGCCAGGUGUACAUCACUGCGAAACUGAAGGAUCUGGAACGCGGCCGGCGGCUCAAGCUUAUGACCAAAAGGGACCCCCUUGACCCUCGCACGGUGCUGCUCCUGGGCGCAGGUCCGGCGGCCCUGACUUGCGCGGAGACCCUUCGGCAGGAAGGCUUCUCCGGCCGGAUCGUCAUGGUCACUCGAGAGGGACACCUGCCGUAUGACCGGACCAAGCUCAGCAAGGACCUCGGGGUCCGAGCCGAGGACAUCUUGCUGCGGCCGCAGAGCUUCAUGGAGACGUACGGCAUCGAAGUCUGGAAGCAGAAAGAGGUGGUCUCCAUCAAUCCGGACGACAAAGUGGCCCAGUUUAGCGAUGGGACGUCUCAGGGAUAUGACAACCUGCUGAUAGCCACCGGGAGCAGGCCUCGCCUCCUCCGUUGCCCUGGUUGUGACCUGGAGGGCAUCUGCACCCUGCUGACCCCGGAGGACGCGGCCCGGAUCCUGCGCCUGGCCACGGGGAGGAAGGUGGCCAUCGUGGGGGGCUCCUUCAUUGGGAUGGAGCUGGCGUCCAGUCUGGCCGGGAAGGCGUCCAGCAUCCAGGUGGUGGAGAGGGGCCACCUUCCAUACCACACGGUGCUGGGUGGCCAGGUGGGACAGGUGGCCAUGAAGAUGCUUCAAAGCCAAGGAGUGGAAUUCCACCUGGAAGCGGACGUGGCAGAGCUCAAGGGCCAGGAAGGGAAGGUCACCCAUGUUGUCCUGGGCAGCGGGCACGCGAUCUCAGCGGACGUGGUGGUGGUGGGAAUCGGUGUCGUCCCAAACUCUGCUUUCCUCCAAGGGACGCCCAUUGCGCUGGACCAAGGCGGAAACGUCCAAGUGGACCUGUUCAUGAAGACGAACGUCCCUUCUGUGUUCGCCGCAGGGGACGUGGUCUCCUUCCCCGUGGCCCUGCUGAGUGGCAAGAGCGCCCCCAUCCGGCACUGGCAGGUUGCCCAGGCCCACGGUCGUGUGGCCGCCCUGAACAUUUUGGGGCAGCCAAAGGCGCUCCAAACGGUCCCUUUCUUCUGGACCCGCAUCCAAGGCAAGACCAUCCGCUACGCAGGCUUCGGCAUGGGAUACACAGAGACCGUCUUGAAGGGCAGCCUCGAACAGGAACGCUUCCUCCUUUUCUAUCUCAGGGAGGGGUUUGUGAUGGCCGCGGCCAGCCUGAAUUUUGACCCUGCGGUGGCCUCGCUGGCCGAAGUCCUGCUCUCCGGCCGGAGGAUCUCCAAGCAGGAGGCCGAGUCGAUGGAGAAGUGAAGCCCUUCCGGAUGGACAAUGGGACCGAACCUCAUUACAACAUGGGAGGAAGAACACCAUUCGAUCCCUCCCAGCAGAGGGCCGCCCAGCUUCUCAUAGACUCACAUGAAUCUCUUUGGGUUUCAGGCUGUUACCUUAAUUUAAUUAAACAAUAAUAUAUAAUUUAAAAAA